AUGAUUAUUAUAAGGAGGAAGCUGCAAAAGCUGUACAAUUGCAUAAAAUUCAUAAAGAAGGUUUCUUUUCAGAUCUUGGUAAACCUCCUAGUUUUGAAGGAAUGCUUUGUUCUGGAAUCCAUUAUAAAGGAGGUUUCGAAUAUAAUCAAUUACAUACGUUAUUGGUUAUUUGAGAAAAUAGGUGAAAUUUAUACUAGGGAAACUGCAAGGAUUGCUGAUGUCCUUUUUUUUAACGAACUUAUUGAUGCAUGGACAUUCAUUAAUGCGGGAAUAUUAAAAAAAACUUGUAAUCCGGAUAGAAUAAAAGAUGUUAAAUUAAAUGAAUUAAAAAAUAGGAUAUUUUCGUAUAUUUAUUUUAAAAAUAUUGUAAAUAUUAAAAAUGUUAUUGCUUCUGGAAAAAAAGCAGACUGUGAUAAGUAUUUAACAUAUCUUAAUAGUUUUAAGGAAGUACACGACGGAUAUAAGAAUGAGCAUUGUGAGAAGUCAGGUGUUCCAUCACUGAAUGGUACUGAUUAUUUUUCUUGUAAUGAUAAGGGUGAGCUUGCGUCUCUCAUAAAUAAAUUAGAAGAAUGCAAAAGUGCAGAGAAACCAAAUCCUGAAACACAGAGCUCCAGCAAGUUCAAUGACUACAACAAGUGCAUCAAGUGUAAGAGGUUCGCCGGUUACAGUAACCACAAAUACAUCAAGUUCAUUAGGUUCAAUAAGUUCAACAGGUCAAGUGAGUCAAGGAAAAUUAACACGUCCAGUGAUUGA